AUGACCUACGAUGAGAACACCGGCCCAGUCGGUGGAGUCAACCCACCCAUCCCCGACACAACAGCCGUAGCCGGCUCCCUCCGCGGCUCCACCAACCUGCAAGGCGGUCUCGCCGCUCGCCCGCCCGUCACCGGCGGCGACUCCGCCGCGGUCCCCGACCCGCAGAUGGUGCCGGGGCAGGACGCAGACUCCAAGCUAGGCCUCUACCUCGACUUCAACAGCGUCGAGUCUCCGCAGCCGAUUCGCGGCGGGAACGGCGGCACGGACCCCGGGCCGCGUACCAACGCGUACGAGAGGCUGAACUCGGACGUGUUCGCGCCACCCGGCACGGACAACGGCGAUGUGCCGAAUGCCAUGUGGCCGCUGGGGUUGAGCCAUAACCGGGCUGGGAGCGAGCCGGGCGCGGGCUGGGCUCGGCAGCAGAAUGUGGACGUGCUGCCGGUUGCCACGGCCAUGGCGGGCGUAGACAUGCGGUUGGCGCCGCAUGCGUACCGGGAGUUGCAUUGGCACACCUCGGCUGAAUGGUCCUUGAUCCUGAAGGGCGGCGUCCGCGUGGCGGCGAUGAACGAGGACGGCGCCACGUUCGUCGACGACCUCACAGCCGGUGAUGUCUGGUUCUUCCCCAAAGGCGUCCCGCACAGCCUACAAGCCCUGGACGAGGGUGUUGAGUUCCUGCUGGUAUUUGAUAGUGGCAGUUUCUCCGAGGACAGCACAUUCCUCGCGAGCGAGAUGAUGCUGCGGACCCCUAAAUCGGUCUGGGCGAAGGACCUGCAGACCAGCGUCGAUGCGUUUGACGACAUACCGCAGGACCAGAAAUAUAUCUUCAACGGCACGCCAGCCCCAGCCGACAUCGAGAAGCAGAACGUCACAUCCUCGGCCGGCUCGCUCUCGGGCCCAGACGGCUACACCUUCCACUGGUCGCAGCAGGCCCCGCACACCACCCCCGGCGGCACAGUCAAGAUCCUCGACCCGCAGACCUUCCCCAUCGCCAGCGGCUUCUCCACCGCUCUAGUUGUGCUCGAGCCGGGCGCGAUGCGCGAGGUGCACUGGCACACGACGUCGGACGAGUGGUCCUACUUCCUGCAGGGCUCAGCGCGCAUCACCGUCUUCUCCGCGCCCGAGGCGUCGCGCACCUUCGACUUCACCGCCGGCGACGUGGGCUACAUCCAGCAGGCCGCGGGCCACUACGUCGAGAACACGGGCACGGACGAUGUGGUGUUCCUGGAGGUGCUGCAGGCUCCGAAAUUCGCCGACAUCAGCGCGGCGCAGUGGCUGGCGCUGACGCCGCGCCAGGUCGUCAAGGAUACGCUGAACUUGAGCGAUAAGGUGCUCGAUGCGAUUCCCAAGGACAAGACGCUGAUUAAGCCUGGGCCGAAGAAUAUGACUGCUAUUGCUGGCGGUUCAUAG